GAGUGGCUGAAGUAGAGGGGGAAAGGAGAGAGAGAGGUCAUCAUUUGGUGCAGACUGUGGUCGCGAGGACAAGCAACAUCCACGCCACGACUGUCCUGAACCCCCACACCAGCAAACUCUCCCCACCAAUGAGAAAGAGCGACAGGCGCCUGUAAGAACCUCGCGCAUCUGAUCGCAGUUUCCGUGUGUCGGUGAUGCUCGUGGGUAUUAAUAGGCUGCCGUGGUCCUCCGACGGUUUCUUCCGACCAUUCAGAUUCAGAUAUCUAAAUGCGUAGUCUGCGAUACCAAACGGCAGCGAGCAAAAUAAUCUCAUACGACUCAAUCUGAUUUCAUCCAGCGGACCGGAACCGGAGGCGAUGUUAAUGGAACCGUGUACGUCUGGCUGUGGAUCCAUCUGAAAACUCGUCCUCAAUGGUCACUUUCUGCCCGACUCUUGCUGCUGCAGUCCGCAUCGGAGGAUGCAGGUGAAACACUCGAUGUACACGGACGCAAGCACGCCAGACACUGAACCAGACGAGUGUCAGAAGAAGACAUCAUGCUUCUCCAACAUCAAAAUAUUCCUUGUAUCACAAUGUGCCUUAAUGUUGGCACAGGGCACUGUAGGAGCCUAUCUGGUCAGUGUCCUCACCACGCUAGAGCGACGUUUCAACUUGCAAAGCGCUGACGUUGGUGUGAUUGCCAGCAGCUUUGAGAUUGGCAACCUUGCCCUCAUCCUGUUCGUCAGCUACUUUGGGGCCAGAGCCCAUCGGCCACGUCUUAUUGGUUGUGGGGGCAUCGUAAUGGCACUGGGAGCCCUACUGUCAGCGCUGCCAGAGUUUUUGACCCAGCAGUAUCAAUAUCAGUCUGGAGAGUCGCGACCUAUAGGACAAGGAAGGGAUGUGUGCUCCAAUACCAGUCGACCAGGACUGUCCGAUUCGAGUUAUUUCUGUGGGAACAGAACCAAUACCAACAUGAUGUAUCUGAUGCUGAUUGGAGCACAGAUGCUUUUGGGAAUUGGGGCGACACCUCUUCAGCCGCUGGGUGUAUCUUACAUUGACGAUCAUGUCAGGCGAGAAGAUUCUUCUCUUUAUAUUGGUAUCUUGUUCUCAACACUGGUCUUUGGACCAGCAUGUGGUUUCAUUCUCGGCUCUCUCUGCACUAAAGUGUAUGUUGAUGCAGUCUUCAUUGACACAACCACACUGGACAUUACACCUGAUGACCCACGGUGGAUUGGCGCCUGGUGGGGCGGCUUCAUCAUCUGUGGCCUUUUCCUCUUCAUCUCCUCGUUUUUCAUGUUCGGCUUCCCGCAGUCACUGAACGAGCCCGGCGAGGAUCCGGCAGGUGAGAGUGAACAGGCCAUGCUGCCGGCUGAGUUGGUGCAGGAAUACGAAGGAGUCAAAACCUCAGAUGGCCCCGAGAUCAACAACGGCCUCACCUGCUGCCAACACCUGCAGGUUAUCCCCAAGGUGACUAAGCAUCUGCUGUCCAAUCCGGUUUUCACCUGUGUCAUUCUUGCGGCCUGUAUGGAAAUUGCAGUGGUGGCUGGAUUUGCUGCCUUCCUGGGGAAAUAUCUGGAACAGCAGUUUAACCUCUCAACCACCUCGGCCAAUCAGCUCCUAGGUAUGACGGCAAUCCCCUGUGCAUGUUUGGGUAUUUUCCUGGGAGGCCUCCUGGUGAAAAAGUUGGAUCUGUCUGCAUUAGGGGCUAUCCGCCUGGCAAUGAUUGUAAAUAUCAUCUCUACGGCCUGCUACGUCUCCUUCCUUUUCCUCGGAUGUGAUACGGGCCCAGUCGCCGGGGUUACUGUUGCCUAUGGCAACGAGAGUCUUGGGUCAUGGGAACGGGGCGAGGUUGCGUGCGUGUCAGGCUGUAAUUGUUACACAUCAACUGUAAGCCCUGUCUGCGGAUCUAAUGGCAUUACCUACCUCUCAGCCUGUCUGGCUGGCUGCACUAAAACCAAUCUGACGGGAUGUAAGUGCAUCGCCCAUGGCGAUGGGCAGGGCACAGCAUCACCAGGGAAGUGUCCCAGUCCAGGCUGUCAGCAGGCCUUUCUCACCUUUCUUGCAGUCGUGUGCGUAUGCAGCAUGAUCGGAGCCAUGGCCCAGACUCCAUCUGUCAUCAUCUUGAUCAGGACUGUGAGUCCAGAGUUGAAGUCAUAUGCUCUUGGUGUUCUCUUUCUGUUGCUCCGGCUUUUAGGUUUCAUUCCCCCACCACUAAUCUUUGGCAUUGGGAUCGACUCCACCUGCCUGCUAUGGAGCUCCGUGUGCGGCACAAAGGGAGCCUGCAUGCUUUAUGACAACGUCUCGUACCGUUACCUUUACGUCAGUUUCGCCAUUGUUCUCAAAUCCAGCGCCUUCAUUCUCUACGCUGUCACUUGGCAGUGCCUGCGUCAAAACUACUCCAAGUACAUUAAAAACAGUGAGGAUUACCUGACACCAACCCAGCUGUUCGCCUCCAACGUCACCCUGGACAACCUGGGCAAGGACAUUGCACAGAACCCUUCCAAUCGCACCAAAUUCAUUUACAACCUAGAUGACCACGCCUGGAGUGAGAACGUGGAGUCAGCCAUAUAGUCCCAUCCCAAAGAUGGCCAGAUGGCCUAUAUGCACAUGCUAAUUUAGUCCCAUUAAUGCAUUUAUUCGAAGCAAAGUUCAUAUUUCCGCACAUUCCCGCUGCCUGGAGGAAACUGCCUGGGGCACUCUUGCAGCAUAUCCAGGGUGUUUUAACUAAACAGAGCCAAAUGAAUUUGACUGUUACUGUAGUCAGGAGUUGGAGCUAUACAGUAUAUGCUGGAUUUAUGAUAUGUGAGGGUGAAAUACAUUAUAAUUUAAGAUACAUAUUAAACUGCAGUUAAAAAAUAUAUAUCUUAGCCCCAGAUUGCAUACAAGCACCUUUUUAGGUUUCAUUUUGGAUGGACUUUUUUUUAAAUGUAAAAAAUUGCAUAAAAGUUAUAUGGAUAUUAGCUAAUGUGAGGCAUUAUGUAUAUUUUUAUGGAGGGUAUAGCGAACACCAGGAAACUUCGAAAGAUUGAUGUUAUUAUUACUCUGUCUCCCCUGUACAGCCAAUAGACUAAAGACAUAGAUACAAGUGCAGACUUCAUAUAAUACUCAAAUAAUCACCCUAAAUACAUAAUAGUGAACAUUUUAGGCUGUGAAAAUGUAUUGCUUGAAUAGAUAAAGGUUAUCAAUUAGUUUUGUGAUGCUUCCUUAUUUGUCACCUGCAGUGGUCCUGAGCAACACCUAAAGCAACAUGAAUUAGUAUCAAGCAGUGGACACUGAAGCAAUGAAAGUUGGAUUUAUUUAAAUGCAUGCAGGUAUUGCAUGAUGAUGCAUCAGAGUUGGUGCAUGGAAAUUUUAAGAGAUAAGCUGUUAUUGAAGAAGGUACACAUUUUCCUUCUAUACUCCAGCAUCCUCGUAAGUGGCAUUUUCAGUAGUACUCUGCAUUAUGUAUGAGUAAUGCUAUUUUAAUGCCAUACAUCAUCUAUGUGUUCCCAAACGUUGGGAUUAACAGUUUUUAAAAGCAAGUUUUGCUGUUCAUUUUCUUUACCAACUAUUUAGCAUCAUCAUUAUGAACUACUAGAACGUUUUGCGUAAAAACACAGAAUCAUAAAAGUAUAUUCAUGUUUAAGUUAAUCCAGUUACUUUGUACAUUUUUGUAUGACAUUGAACCUAAGAAUUUGUUUUUCAUAUACUUCUUAUUUUUAUGCGUUUUCUAAAAAAACUAUAAAAUAAAAAAGGACAGGACAGGAAAUUCAGGAUCUGUGUUGAUAUUAUGAUGCUAAGUGCUUUUUACAGAGGAAAUGCUGCUCUAUAAAGAUGGUUUACUGAAUGCAAGUACACUGAAAAGACCCAGAGAGGGGAACCCAAAUCCAUUAUCACUCCAUGUAAAUGGCCUCCCGAGCACAUUAUUUUAAUGCACUGCAAUAUACAGUGAGACGCUUGAUUGCUUGAAUGUUGAGACCAGUGUCAAUACAAAUGGGAUGAUACAAGAAUGAUGUCAUUGUUUAUAUAAUCAUUCCUCUCUAUAGAUAAUUCAUUGCAGUAUAAGUGCCAAAGUGAUGCCAUUUAAGUGUUCUAGAGUUCUCCUUGAGAGGCGGUUUUUCGUAAUGCUGGAACUGUAUAUGACCGCAAGAUGCUUUACUGUAUUGUAUGUAGACAUUAUGUGAUAUCUUAAGCAGCCAUUACACAUACAUAGUAUGUACAUAGCAAAAUUUAAGUCUGUUCUAUCAAGAAUGUAGAACAUAGCGAUGCUUAUAGGCUUUUCCAGGUCAAAAUAUAUAUAUAUAUAUUAUUGUUAAAUGCAGGUGGAGGUUAUGUUAUGCUUACAGAAGAAUGUUGUGGUAUAUUUUUCUACCCAUGUCUGUAUUCUAAAGCUUCUGUGUAAUGCCCAUAAAGUGUACAAAAAAAUGACAUUAACAGCUAUCUGCACUACAAA